GCCGCGCGCGCAUGCGCGGUGCUGGCCGAGGCGCGGAGCGGCGGGCAAGGGGCGCGGAGCAGCGCUGGUGUCGGGCGCGGAGCAUGCUGUCCUUCCUGGCCAGGGCCGCCGCCGGGCCCCUCCGGUCUCUGGGCCGCUCGCCCUUCUGCUCGCUGGCCGCGCCGGCGGGCCGGGCCCUGCCGCGGUGGUGGGGGGCGGCCGCCCCCCGCUGCCUGCUGGCCGGGCCCCCGCCGCCCGGGCAGCUGAUCCUGGCGGGGCUGAAGACGAAAACGUCGCUGAAGAGGCGCUGCAAGGACUGCUUCUUCGUCCGGCGGCGCGGGCGGCUCUACGUCUACUGCAAGACCAACCCCCGGCACAAGCAGCGGAAGCUGUAGCCCCGCGGCCGGGGCGCCGGGAGCCCCCCGGAGCCCCUCCAGACCCGGGGUGCUGAGGGCUGAGCCGGGAGGCCGCGGCGCUCGGGACCUCUCGUCACCUUGGCCGCGACGCCUGGCGCGGAAUCGCCUCGCUGUGAAGUUAGUGAGGGGGCGAAGCCGGACCGCCCGCCUCGGAGGUGCGCUUGUGUUUUAAUUAAAGCGAAAUGAAAAUGA